CAUAGUCAGCCAAUGUCUACUGCAAACAUGAGUCAGUUGACUAGAUCAAGUAGCACCCCUCGGUCAUUUCAAAGGUCAAUACAUGUGUCAGACAUAAUGGAUGGAAAGAUUGUUUCCACAAGGGUGGUCAUGAUCAGAUUUGUUGAAUCAGAGGCAAGCGUUCCACUGAUCACAGGAAAAGUGAAUGUGGCCAUGGGAGACAGUGAGGAGUACAUCCUUACAGACACCGUUGGGAAUGAAAUCGUUGAGUCUGAAGGGACAACUGGGUCUUUGUACUGGAAGCCGAAUGCAAGAAAGAUCCAUGCUGUUGAGAGUUCUGCUUUCAGGCAAUGGCGUCGAAGAAGCUCAAGAAGCAGAAAUGAGGUAUCUGAAGUCCACACACUGAGCAACAAGGUGGGGGAACUGCUGGAUGCAUCCCAAGGCCUGGAAGAAGUCACCAGGAAGAUUUCUGACAUAGUGGCAGCCAGCCAUGACUUGGUAGUACCAAGGCCAGAAGUCAAACAGGCAUUUAGCUGUUUGAUCUGCAGAGAAACAAUGACUGGACCCAUGUUUUCCUCCUGCUGCCGAAGCAUCGUGGGAUGCAGGCUCUGUGUGGAGGAGUGGAGGAUAACAUCUCCCCAAUGCCUUAAGUGCAGGGAUCAGGAGCCAGUGUAUACCCAGGUUGCUGGACUGUCUGCAGCACUGGAUGCUUUAAGGGCCCUACCCUAAAGUGGACAGCAGUUCAGUCGUUUAUUGUUAAGUUUAUUGUUUAUUGUUAAGUGGUGUGUGUUCAAAUUCCAGGUUCCAUGAUAUCAUCAUACAGAAAAUAAUUGUUGUAGUUUUCUUUAGCUGUAUGACUUGUUAAUUGUUCAUCUGCAAUGUUUAAUAAAUGGAUAAUUG